AUGGAUGAGGCUAUUGAGCUCCAUCGAGUUGCACUGGCCCUUUAUUUGAGCACCCUGCCCGACCUGGAUGAGGCCAUUGAGCUCUGUCGAGCUGCACUUAUUCUCUAUCCCCUCAACCAUUUCUUACCGACUCUGCUCUUUCAGCAAUUGGACUUACUCGAACUGCACUUGUGCUCUGUCCCCCUGGCUGUUCUUAUCAGUCCCUCUCUCAAUACCCUUCCCAGCGGCCUUCAAACCAGAAUCGAGCUGAGGGGCGUCGUGUCUGACCUGGAUGAGGCCAUUGAGCUCGUUCGAGUUGCCCUUGUGUUCCAUCCCCCUGGCUAUUCUGAUCGUUUCACAUUACUCGACAACCUUCCUGGCAUCCUUCAUUCCAGAUUCGAGCAGCAACAUGGCACCCCCCCGUCUCAUCUGGACGAGUCCAUCCAACUCCAUCAAUUUGCACUUGCACUCUGACCAUUCUCAUCGUUCUGCAUCUAUCAACAGCCCCAAACACCCAUAUUUCUCGACCGCCUCAUACUCCAAUAUUGCUCUGACAAUAAAACUUUCUCUUGGUUCGUGCCACCGGUGUUCUAGAUCGAGAUGUCC